AUGGCGGACGCGACGCUGUACCGCGCCGCCGGGCACCCGGAGAAGGCGCGGCUGGUCUUCAACGCGCAGCUGCACCAGCAGCUCAAGAACAUCGCCAAGAACCGCGAGAUCUCGGCCGUGCCGGGGGCCCCCACCAUCUCCAGCAACGGCAGCAUGCGCCCCACGCAGCCCAUGGUGCUCAACGGCGCCGGUCGCUCCACGGAGCUCAACGGCUGGAGCCUGGAGAAGAAGAUGCUGGCGCUGGCCGAGGCGCUGGAUCUGCUGCGCCGCCCCUUCUUCUUCUACCUGGACUUUGGCACGGCCGCGGCGGCCGAAGCGUCCAACGGAGGCAGCGCCGGAGCCUCCGGGGACCGCAAACUCACCUACCACUCGUACUUUAACAAGAUGCUGCCGCUACACGUGGGCCAGACGGUGUUGCUUGACCUGUGGGACUACUUGAUGGAUAUGGUCGACCACGUGCCUGUGCGCAAUCGCUGCCGGGCGCUGUACAUGCAGGCGGCAGUGUAUAUCUGUCGCCGAGUGGAGUUCAUCGAGGGAUACCCGCUGGACGGACAGCAGGUGCAUCUGGACUCGCUCGUGUCGAAGCGGUACAUCCGCUUGCUGGAACGCAGCGUGCGCUUCUGCUCGGUCAAGAUCCGCAAGGUGCGCUUCAUGGCGGAAGAGCACAGAUUCUUCGUAGCUCACGUCUACACGGCGGUGUACUUCCGCUUCCCUUUCGCCACGCCCAAGCUGCUGGAAGCUGUGCUGCAGUGCACGGAAAAACUCGAGGGCGAGACGAACGGUCUUCAAAGUGCAACUAACGGCUUCAGCAAUGGUUCAAAUGGGAAUCUGAAGAAUGGAGCAGGUGCUCGUCCCCCCAAGGCAAAGCGUCGGCAUCGUGGAAGCAUCUCUGGAAGCUUGCGCAGUCCUCGACAGUAUCGCCGCCACUGGAACGAUCUCUCAGAUCGCAUCAGUGGAGUCGACCUGCAGCUCGAGAUCUUCUCGUCUUUCUCGGAGUACAAGUCAAAUCGCGGAACAGAUCGACUGGUGGUGCCUGUGAAGGGUGGCAGCACACCGGGUAUUCCACUCGAUAUGCUGAGAAGGGGCUCCAGCAAUAAAUCCAUCGCGGCGGCCCUCGAAGCUGUAUUCCAAGAAGGAAUGAACCGGGUGGGCGAGGAGCAAGAGGUCACUUUCAUUUACCAGCUCCCUCUGCUUUACAUUGGACACAAGCUGCAAAAUGAUGCGUUCGUGAAGCUAGCUGUGACAACUCAAGACAAGAUCGAAGCCGGCUUGGACCUGUUCGUUGAUCGGGUCCGAUCGCCAGGAAGAGAUGACCUCACGGCUGUGACCUUUGUGGCUGCUGUGCUAAGUGACGUGAGCAGUUGGUGCAAUCAUCGUUACGCAGACGGUCGCAUUUUAUGGCAUUGCGUGCCCGGUUACUUUGCUCUCGUGCGUCUGUACGUGGCAGUUUUCGAGCGCAUGUGUCAGCGUCGGGCGCGCUCUAGUGGAGGUUCGUCGGCUUUGCCCUCCGUUAACCGGAUUCUCUCCAUAAUCGAAGGCAAGAUCAGCGAUCCGUGGGAAGACUACUGGAAUGAUCGCGAGAUUGACACCGUGUUGGACGCGGCAAGCGAGGUGCUGAAGAACGAGGCACUAGUGAAUGUGCUGAUGAAGGUCAUUCUGGAGAGCACCAACAUCCUCGAUCCUACAAGUGUCAACUAUUCUUUUGGAAUUUUGCAACGCAUGCUUGAGAUCGCCUCGAUGGCUGCGAUGCCUGCUGCAACGGAGGCUGGGGCUACCGCCGGGAAGUUUGGAGGUCGCGUGCGCCACUGCUUGGGAGCGGUUUUUGAUGGGGAUUAUUUCCUGAGCAGCAUGCGCAGUGCUCUUCAGUCUUCGCACGUCCAAACGCUGCUGAAAGUCCUCACUUGCAUCUACAACUGUAUCGAUUUACUGCCUACCACUGCUCGUAAGCGGCUUGUGGCGGAGCUCAUUUUGCGCGAGAACUUUUUCCAUUUCUUUUUGCAUUGGAACGAAGAGAUUCGGAAGAUCUUCUGCUACAUGAUUGUGUUCAAGACUUCGGCUUCUAAUCGAUUAGACUUGCCGAGUGCCUCCGACCGAAUUCUGCUUGCCCAGACCCCGUUUUUCGAAGUGGGCCCAGCUUCAAGAUCCAAUGGGUCGACUUUGUCGGCUGCGUCGCCUGCGCUAAGUUACUUGAGUCACCUCAGCGAGCUGGCGCAGGCUAUGUUACGCCCCACUGCUGACAGCGAGAUGGACCAGGCGAAGAAAGCAGCCGUUGGGAGGAAGGCACUUCAGCGUCUUACUAACUGGGAUGCCAGCGCGCGCUUGAGACGUACCCGCAGCGGUGGUGAUGCUGUGUUCCGGGACAGUCUCGUCGACGAAGAACUAUCUGUGGAUCUUUCCAUUGCAAGCAAGCUGGAUGCGAAUUUCAAGAUGAUUGCGGACCAAAUGAACCCUGGCAAAUACCGGCAGAAUAGCUCGGAAGACGGAGAACCCUCUGCGAGACGCUACUUCCCUCGAGAACUGGAGGCCUAUGCUGAGCGCGCGCUUUCACAGUACGUUUUGGUGCUUUGGGAGUACUACGAGGCGGCUUUCGAGAACCCUGCGAAGAUGCCGAUUGCGCCGUCGCUCGAGUUUACGAUUUCAGUGCCAUUCUUCUCCGAUUAA